CUGACCAGCAGGGACGGCAGCGUCGUGGCGGUGUGGGAAGCGAAGCCUACUCACAGCGGCGUGGGCCAGUGUGUACAUGAUAACCGAAGUUCUGCUAUGUGACCGAGGGGAGCGGGGAAGCUCGGUUGGAAGGACGCAUAUAUUAUUCAAAAGAAGCAAAGUCAAUUCUUCACCCAACCUCUCGAAUCGAAUGAACGAUUUCCAUGUGUGCAUCAGUUGACCAGUGGCCAUUGGUAGGAUAACACUGUAAUGUAAGUUGUGCUUUGGAGAGGCAGCAAUUACUAAACCGAAAACCUGGAUAACUAAACACAUACAAACACUAUAAUGAAAGUGGUGUUCUGUGAAACGUGAUAACUUGUCGUUUGAGACUCUGCACAUUUUUUACAUAUUAUCAAUUAACAGUCUUAUGAAUGUGGUUACCAAUACAUCUAGUGUUUAUAAGAAUCUGUACAAACGAUUCUCAGUUCAGGAAACCGCUGGUAAUUUCGAUGCUCAACACAAAACUCACAGCUUAAAAUAAAGUUUGAAAUUAAUACUUUCUUAUGGCAUGUGAGGAAAGGACUGAUGAAGCAUGAUUAAAAAAAGGAAAUGAAUCGAGGCAGAGGUGUAGCAUCAUUAAAUAGACAAUGUAGUUACUUUACGAGAUGAUGAACUCGGGAACGUGAUGUAGUUACACAAACGUGAAGUGAGAUUUUGAUUUGCCAGUGUGCCGGGAUACAAGCCACAAACUCUGUUAUUCGUCUAGAGGAAUUACAACAUUUACAUCUAAUUACAUCGAAUGAACAGUGAGAAGUGACUCACCAGCUGCCAGUAGAGCUGCGGAGGUUUAUACUGGACUAUGGGCAUCUGUCUGGAUACAGAACAGAAUGGCUCGCAGGUCUUCGAGGGUCGGCAGCAUGGGGGCCGCGAGGCAUGGGGACGGGAAGAAGAGGACCCACGCUUUACAAGUACACCUCCAGAUGGGCAGUUUCCCAUGCAUAAUGGAGGCCAUGUCAAAUUCGAAGUCCCGAAAGUGCCCGUUAUAUUUGUUCUGGGAGGGCCAGGGAGCGGUAAGGUGACGCAUUGCGACAACCUGAUGCAGGAGAAGAGAGGAAUCACACACAUCAACAUGACAGAUCUCUUGCAGCAGUACGCCAUUGGUAACG